CAUGUGACGAUUAUUUCCUAAUAACAACCUGGUUAAUUAUGCCAAUUGAAAUUAUAAACUUUAUCUAUGUUGACGUUGGAAGUUAAAUGGAGACAUUGGACAUGGUACGAAAUCUAUUUUCCUAUUGUUCUCAUCAGGAGCAACUGACUCUGUUGCAGGAGCUCCCCAAGUUCUUGUGCAGGGACUUUAUCGUCCUCCUUCCCCUAGAUGUUGUACCAUUGGUACUGGAAUAUCUGGAGCCAGCUGAUAUUAUCACCAGUUGUAUGAUGGUGUCCACAAGAUGGCGGCGUUUAAUCGGUAACUGCAAGUCUUACUGGAGAUCGCAAUACUUCAAGUUGCACAAGACAGUUAUCUGCUCUGAGAAGAGAUCAUUUAGAGAAUUGACAAUCAAAACUUUAAAAUUUGAAAGACAUCUACGAACGGCAAUACCUACAACUAUGACACUAUACUCACGAAGCCAUCACGUUUUACCAAUCGGCUCAUCUUUCAAGUGGUUUUAUGACGACACUCUGCUUUUCAUACAUUAUUUCUGUGGCUCAUCUUUUGAGAAGCGUACAUUUGAAGUGAACGCUAAUGACAUUAGCCGCAGUAUGAGGGUCCUUUGGUCAUGGUCCACGAAUGGAGGUGCUCUUUUCUAUGGCAAUGACGGCACAUGGACACUCAUACCCUAUCCUCUCAUCGACUCAUCUCGACCUGUUCAUCCUCCACUUCAAACUAAAAUGUGGCAAGGUGAUAUUUGUAGCCCUGCUCACUUUGUCUUUGGUGGCUGCCCUGUUUGUCGAAUAGUGGUUAAGGCUGUUAGGCAUAUCAACCAAGAGAGUGGUACUUGGACUAUCAAUAUUGUGAAACUUUUGGAUGGACCUACUAACGAGGCAGGUAUCGAAGAACUUCAAUUCCAUUUCGUACCAGAUCCUGAGUUAGUGAGAAGUGCUCUAUUUACCAUUCGCUCUGUCCGUCUCAUUCCCAUCUCCGAGGUUCAAAAUUCUACGCAUGGCCUGUUUUGUAACGAACAUCAACUGUUUGUUCAAAUAGGUGUUGGGUUAGUUAUUCGAGAGCUGAGUUAUAAUGACAAAGGUGACUUCCAGCUAUCUGGUCCCUCACAUAUAUUGUGCCCUGAGGGAUUUUCUUGGUCCGAUAUUGGUAAUCCAGAUUGUAGUAAUUUUGUCGUUAGCAAUGAUAGAACUUUAGUUGCUGUUAUGCCAAAAGAAAACAAAUUAAGUGUUUGGAAUCUUAAAGAUGGUGUUGUCUAUUCGCAUUCAAUCUUAGAACGGAUUCUGAGACCGAUUGCAGCUGUUGAAAAGAUGUUCAUAAUAUCUGUCGGAAAGUUAUACAGUGUGGUUAGUCAUGUGACAAUCAUGGGCAGGGCACAUGUUGAUUUCUUUGUGCUAUCAACAACUACUGGAAGAGUAGUAUUUGAGACUGGUUUAUUUAUAAAUGAAAGUGGUGUUUCAUCUUUAUCGGGAGGUAUUUGCCUUGAUGAGCUAUGGGCAAGAAAGGAUACUCGAUCUUAUAUUGACUUUUGUCACUUAAUGAGUGUUGACUCAUCACUGCCUUCUUCACGUUCAAUUGAUAUUUAUACUGUAGUACUAAGAUCCUAACAUCCUAACAAGUGAGUAGAUCUAGUCUAAUUAUUAUGCUAUUUUCAUAAAUAUUGCGUGCAGUGACCUACCAUUGUUAAUAUCUACUCGUGAUUACUCGUACUAGAGUGAAACUGAAA